AUUCCAGCUCCACUGAAGGCGACCGUCUUCCAUUCUCCGUCCCAUCCACCAGCUGUUUCUUCUGGGCCUGUGGGCCGCACAGUAUGAGGCAGCUACCAUGGGCUUUAAGGAAAACUUCUCGGAGAUUGAUCCUGUCACUUUGAACCUCUGYAUCCUUAUCGCCAGCUAUGUUAUCUUGCUUUUGGUGUUCCUGAUAUCUUGUAUAAUGUAUGACUGCCGGGGCAAGGAUCCAACCAAGGAGUACGCGCCGGACCCUGUGCCUACCCAAUCCCCCAUCAGACUGGUGGUAAUGCAGCAGACCACCCCUUCUCCACAACAUCAACGCUGGGACCAGACCAAUAUGGUCACCUCAUAUGAGCCUCAGCCCAGUCCAGACUUCAGGGAGAAGAAGAGCACCAUGGUCUAGAUUCUAGAAGGACUACUGUGGUGCUGAAKAACUCAGUYCACCACCYGUUGGAAUUAUCGCAGCGGGAUAAACUUUUGUACAUAUAUGUUUUUWAAAAUCUGUUUCUACAUUUAUUUUUUAGACUGUAUUUUUCCCUGGUGGCCAGGACAAUGCUAGGAUUGGACCUGCAGAAGACCAGUCUGAGACGGUUCAUGAACAGGCGGGCCUCUGCUAACUGCCGCUACCAGCCCACCUGCUAUGAGCAUGCUGCAAACUGCUAUACUCACGCGCUACUCAUCGUACCAGCCGUUGUGGGCAUGGCCCUGCUGCACCGGCUCUCAGACGACCGCUGGGAGAAGAUCACAGCCUGGGUGUACGGCAUGGGCCUUUGUGCCCUCUUCCUGGUCUCCACUGUGUUCCACAUCAUCACCUGGAAGAAGAGCCACAUGAGGUCUGUGGAGCACUGCUUUCAUAUGUGUGAUAGAGUGGUCAUCUAUUUCUUCAUCGCUGCCUCCUACACACCAUGGUAAGUUCUAUUUCUAAUACCAAUUU